AUGCAACCCAUCAUCCUGUACGACACACCAUGCAAGCUUCCCAAGAAGCAAUGGGCACCCAACCCAUCCAAGACGAGAUUCUGUCUCGGACAUAAAGGUCUUCCGUAUGAAGUUGUCUGGGUGGAGUUUUGUGACAUUGCCGCAACCAUGAAAGGUAUCGGCGCGUCUCCGACAGCUGGGGAAAGGUACACUGUGCCAGUCAUUAAAGACCCCAACACUGGUGCAGUGGUCUCCGACUCCCACGCAAUUGCCAAAUACCUCGGACGAGACCUACCCUGA